CGACGAGGACACGCACACCCUUUUGACGGGGCAACCGAAUCAGAGCGACGCACCUAAUUCACAACUUCCCAUUUAUAAUUCUCUCUACUACUGAAUCCCCCAAGUCCAGAAACAAUAAAUCGAAAACUCGGUCAAAAUUUCUCUUUUCAAGUGGCGCGUGUCUAUCACUUUGCUAAUGGGCCAGUCCGCCUCAACCACAAACUCUUCCGCCAAUCGAGUUUUAACUCCGGCGUUUCUUUCUAGCGAAUCGCCUCAGCUCGUUGAGGAAAUGACUACUGAUGUUGAUUACACAGAGUAUAUUCCUGAUGAGUGUUUGGCGUACAUUUUCCAUUUCCUGUCUGCAGGGGACCGGAAACGGUGUUCCUCAGUUUGCCGGCGGUGGUUAUUCGUUGACGGUCGUAGCCGCCACAGACUAUCCCUUAAUGCGAAAGCGGAGAUUGUGUCGUACGUUCCUAAUCUGUUCAUGCGGUUCGACUCUGUCACUAAACUAGCUUUACGUUGUGACCGCAAAUCUAUGAGCUUAAACGACGAUGCAUUGGUUAUGAUCUCGAUCCGUUGCCAGAAUCUAGAGCGCGUUAAGCUCCGCGGCUGCCGCCAAAUCACCGAUGAAGGUAUGGCUGCAUUUGCUAAAAAUUGCAAGAAGUUGAAAAAGCUCUCUUGCGGCUCGUGCGCUUUCGGUGCCAAAGGCUUAAACGCGGUGCUCGAUCACUGCGCGGCUUUGGAGGAGCUGUCCAUUAAGCGGCUUCGAGGCAUCCAUGACGGAGCCGAGAUGAUUAGGCCAGGUGCCGCAGCUUCGUCUCUGAAAUCAAUUUGCUUGAAGGAACUGGUCAACGGUCAGUCUUUUGAACAACUUGUAGUCGGAGCUAAAAAGCUUAAGACCUUGAAAAUUAUUCGGUGCUUGGGUGAUUGGGAUAAAAUACUUGAAAGUAUUGGAAAUGGAAAUACUUUCUUGAUUGAUGUUCAUCUAGAGAGGAUUCAAGUGAGCGAUCUUGGACUUGUAGCGAUUUCAAAACGGGUAAAUAUGGAAAUUUUGCAUAUUGUAAAAACUCCUGAAUGUUCGAAUUUUGGUCUUGUUACAGUGGCAGAGAAUUGUAGACAAUUGAGGAAGCUCCACAUAGAUGGUUGGAGAACUAAUAGGAUUGGAGAUGAGGGUUUGAUUGCUGUAGCCAAACACUGUCCUAAUUUACAAGAACUUGUUUUGAUUGGUGUAAAUGCAACACAUUGGAGUUUCGCAGCUAUUGCUGCUAAUUGCCAAAAACUGGAGAAGUUAGCUCUUUGUGGGAGUGGAACAAUUGGUGAUCAUGAAAUUGCUUGUAUUGCAUCAAAAUGCGUGGCAUUGAAGAAGCUGUGUAUAAAGGGGUGUGCUAUUUCAGACAUUGCAGUCCAAGCACUUGUUUGGGGAUGUCCUAAUUUGGUUAAAGUCAAGGUGAAGAAGUGCAGAGGAGUGAGUAAUGAGGUUGUGGAAUGGUUGCAGGAGCGAAAAGGGUCAUUAGUUGUUAAUUUUGAUGCCAGUGAUACUGAAGGUUUGGAUACUGGUCUUAGUGACGUUGUUGGAGCUUUAGAAAGUGGAAUGGAGUUUCCUGUAAUGGUUGGUCAAGUAGUUGUUGCAGAUAAUUCAUCAAGUACAAAUGGGAGAUUGGCUUUGUUAAGAGCAAAGCUUGGGCUUUUUGCAAGUAGGAACCCAUUAGCUUGUGCCUUUACUAGAUGGUCAGGUAAUGAACAUGCUAAUCCAAAUAACAAUUUGUGAAUGAUCUUUGUAAUAGUUAUAUUUUGGGGCUUUGUAUACAAGUUUUCUUUGAUUUUUGUUCACACACUGAGAUUAAAUGAAAACAACAAGAAAUAUUUUGUCUUUAUUAUUGCUGGUAUAUGUGAAGUUCAUCUUAUAUUUGUAGCA